AUGAACCCUCUCGGGCCCAACGGCUUUCUGAUAAAGGCGGGAGAACACCUUCCGCUGGUUGCAGACGGCCUACGGUGCUACCACAAAUUCAAGGGCCAGAUCGAGGCCGAGGAACGAGCUCGAGCGUUUUCGCUGCAGAGGUAUUUGGCGAAGGAUGGAGCCCUGGUCAAGGUAGCGGAGCUGCUACCUGGCUCCAACCUCAUCGCCUCAGCCAUGCUGGACCUGCGAGGCCACCACCAGGAAGCGCAGGAAGCUUUGAAUUUGUUGAAGAACUGGCGGCAGUGCGGCAGCCCCGAUGGACCCUUGGCGAAGGUGGCUGAGAUGCUACCCGGAGUGGAUGUCAUUGCCUUCGGGAUCCACGUCCAGUCCGGAAACUUCGCCCAGGCUCUCAGAUCGAUCUCCAAAACACGCUGGACAACGAUCACGGGCGAAUCCAUCGUCCUGACCAUGAUGACCGAGACCCUGCAUGACUGGACGAUCACCGAUCUCGAGGUCGUGAAGUUGGACAUUGAUCCCGUGGCAAGCUUCAUGUACGGAGGCCUCUUGGAUGUGGUGACUCUUCUUAUCGAGGUCAAUUCCCAGGGCCAGCAGCGCUCCCGGGCUCGGGCUCGGCGCGUGCGCCUCAACUCUCCGCGCUUGGACGGGAAGCCCCAUCGAGGCCUCAGGAACCCCCUCUACUGGGCGAAGGACAGGGUAGUGACCAUCUGCAGGGACGUGGUGACAACGCUUUUCCAGGACACCUUGCCGGAGAUGGUACCUGACAUGAUCGACAGCGCGGUUGCUGCGAUCAAUAGCCUUCUUCCCUACUAUCGCUCAUCGUGGUGGCCGUACAGGGUGUUUCUUCCCAAGGCAAUCGGAAAGCCCCCUCCUGACCUGGAGAAGGUCCUGUCUGAUCGGAUCACUCACAUCUCCCUCCGGCACCGCACCGUCGUGCCCGUCCGCGCGGUGCCAGCGAGGGACCUACCAAUGAGGCGGCCCGGCACCGACAAAGCUCUCGGUGCACUCUGCUGCUGUGCCGGCGGACUGGUGCACAGCGGUUGGCCUUUGCUUGCGGGUUGCGCGCUGGGCUGUGCUUCGGGCUUCUUCCAGCUCAGCUCUUGGGCGCGAAGGCAGUUCGUGCCUUGGAUCAACGCACACAAUGAGCAGGCAUGGCUCGGCGCCACCAAAGAGCCAAAGCAGCUUUACAAGCGCUCGUCCAGCCAGGGCUCAUGCGAUCGCGCUUCUGCACGGAUGCCACUUGCGGUUGUCGCAGAACUUCCAGGCGAGGAUGUGGAGCAGUUGGCAUCGAUAUUGGGCGAUUAUUUCUGCAAGGAGUUACCUCUGACGAAGCUCAUUGGCCAAAGCGGCAUGGUGUGGCUGAAUGAAAGGCUGAGUCGCUUUCUGGCAGCUUCCGUGGAUGAGUCACCAGCAGUACUGCCGGUGGUCCUCCAUGCGGAGGUGUCUGAAGGCUUGUACAAGAGCCUGGGGGAAACCUGGUGGUUGCCCAGGUGGGUCGGGCGGGCAAAGGCAACAGACAAGCCAGAGGGCAUUUCCGUCUUCCCGUGCCAGCUUCUCGUUCGCCGUCAUUUUCCAUUGUCGCUUGGAAGCUGGGCCGGUGUCUCAGGCGACGCGAGACUCGGAGCAGCAGAAUUGGCACUUUCUGCAGCCCAAGUGGUCUUUACCGACGAGACCAUCGAUCAGGUCGCUGUGACCACGUGUUGUGCGGAGAGGUUGGCGGGAUGGCUCCCAGAGCUCCCACCGGGUUUCUGCUUUUGGCUCAGCAGCUUCGAAGAUGCCCAGCUGGUCCCGGUGACGUGGAGCCGAAGGCUCAAUGCAGGCACCGGUGCGCCAGAACUUGAAGUGGAGCUCUCCAUCCCGGGAUCGCCAUUGCGAAUACACCUGUGGCACAAUCGCGAGUUGCUCCCAACUUCUGCCGAACAUGUGCUGCAUUUCCGCAACCGGAGGGAGGUGAUCCCAUUGCCGGAGAACUGCUUCUACAUUGGAGAGGUCUUGGAGGAAGCUUCGAGAGUCGCCAUGUCCACCUGCGGAGACGCAGGUCUCUCGGGCAUGAUCUUCAGGCACAACCAGACGCUGCGGCUCGAUCCAGAACAGGCCGCACACGCAUCGAACAGGAAGUUAGCAGGAAGCGGCAGCCAUUGGCUUCGCACCCUCGGAGGAGAGCCGAAGCUACAGUCCGUGCAGCGUUUUCUGCGCUCAUCCCCUACCAGGAGGCUUAGCAGCUUGACCAAGUAUGUGGAGGUCCUGGCUGUCAACGACUUUUCGCGGUUCAGUUCCUUUGGAGGGCAAUCGGGGCUGCAAGCCCUUGCGACCCACACUGUAGCAAUGCUCAACGCGGUCACCACAAUAUACCGUGCAGCACCCACGGCUGGAUCCUUCCCUUACCCGGUGCAGGUGGUCCUGGUUGGCCAACACACUUUCCUGGAGGAAGACCCCUGGCAGUCGAAGUUCCAGGACAACGCGGAGGCUGACCAAGCUUUGCUGCUGGAGGAGUUUCUGACCUGGGGCUCUUUGCAGAUGGCUGCAGGCUCCUUGCCCGAGAACGACAACCGGGUGCUGUUGACUGCGCGAGAUCUUUUGGGCAGCACUGUUGGUUAUGCACCGGUGUCUUCGAUGUGUGAUGUGGCGAGGUCAGGAUCCAUCAACAUGUGCGGGACGACCGAUGCAGAUUUGCCCGGCUGUGCAGCGGUGGUCGCUCAUGAGAUGGGCCACAACUUCGGCAUGUCCCACGAUGCGGGAACGACCGCUUGUCCAGACUCCGGCUACAUCAUGGAAGCUGUAGGCGACAGUGUUGCGGCGACGCAGUUCACGGAGUGCAGCGUGUCGGACAUCACAACUUUCUUCUCUCAGGUCUAUAGCAGGAACUCGGAGUGCUUGGAGAACCAGCCAUUGAAGGUCUUUGGAGACCCCGUGUGUGGCAACGGCUUCAGGGAGGAGGGAGAGGACUGCGACUGUGGAUCGCCUUGCAACGACCCGUGUUGCGAUGGCACGACCUGCAAGUUUGCAGACCCCAGCUACGAGUGCAGCGAUGCCGUGGCUGCUUGUUGCGAGAACUGCUUGAACGUGACGGCAGCAGCCCAGAAGGUGUGCAGGCCUGCCCGAAACACGUGCGAUCUCCCGGAAGUUUGUCCCGGCGGUACCUCCAGCUGUCCGAAGGAUGAGUACACCUAUCCGGGAGCUAGCUGCACUCUUUCCUCGAAUGGGGCUACCUAUCCUGGCUUAUGUGCGCUGGGAAGCUGCAAAAGCAUGCGCCACACUUGCGAAGUGGACGUGACCCGCGACUUCGAGGGAAGCUGGGACCUUUCCGAGCCUUGCGCGGCCUUCAACGAUGAUUGCAGCACCGUGGUGUGCCAUGACGCAUCUGACAGUUCUGCGGCUGCGUGUGGGCAGCGCUUCAGUGUUCAUGGUUCCCAGAUGGCUGUCCCUGACGGAACGCCAUGUUGGCAUCCCAGCGAGCCUAAGGGCACCCGCGGCGGCAUGUGCUUUCAGGGCCGCUGCUCACGAUCGGAGAGCUUGGCAGUGAUACCUCUUUGUGGCAACGGCGGUAUCGACUACGGCGAGGAGUGUGACUGCGGCACAACCGGCGAUGCGUGCUGCGACUGCGCCACCUGCCAGCUGAAAACUGGAAGCGCUUGCGCUGGGACCGACCCGUGCUGCGAUGCUGCUACGUGCGCUUUGCGCCCCGCCGGCACGGAAUGCCGCACGGCCCUGGACGAGUGCGAUCUCGCCGAGGUUUGCUCGGGAUCUUCCGCGCGUUGCCCUCCCGACCUCGGGAAGCCGGCGGGUUCCAACUGCACAAGCAACGGGGUGCCUUCCAGCUGCUAUGCGAACGUGUGUCUUCCGAGCCUCGACGAGCAGUGCAGUGAGAAGACUGGAGGUCAGUUGGCUGUUGCCGAAAGGCAUCUGUCGACGGGCUCUCGCGCAGAUGCCUCCGGACACCUUUGCACAGCCUUGAUGUGUUGCGCUUCUUGCAGUCAAGAAGACGGCAAUUGGAACAUCAACGGCGAGCUGGUGGCAGAUCCAUGGCUCUGCAGCGGCUGCGUGAGGAGCACCGCCCGGUCGACCUUCACCGUCAACGGAGUUAGCAAGAGCAUCUUCCUGGGUGCGGCUGUGGACGGCACGUAUUUAAACGGCUCGCUUUGCAUCGGCGCCGAGUCGACGACGCCCUUGCUUGCCGCGUCCUGCAGCAGCCUGGCCUACUACGAAGCCUCCGUUCGUCGAUGCCUUCUUUGCUCCUCUGCCUGUGAUGAAUGCAACGGCCCCACCAACCUGGACUGCACCAACUGCGCGAAUGGAGCCUCCAAGGAUGCGCGCGGCGCCUGCCCCAUGCUCUUGCAGGUGAGGACCGACGCUGCUACCAUCACCACAACCACUGGCACGAGCGGAGCUGGAGACGGAGAAGGGGAGGGAGGCGCCUCCACCACGGAGCGAACCGGAACCAUCGACGGUGCUUCCGAUCUGGCCUCGUCCGUGUCCGUGGGCUUCCUGCUUCCUUUCAUCCUGCAGCUGCCCGCCACGCAAUAG